UUUAUAUUCUUUUAUAUAUGUAGCAUUAAAUUGACAAUUUCUCCCGUAUUAUUUCUCUCCUCGCGCCGCUUCACUCCAGUCCAGCGGGUGGCGCUAAAACAAACACGAUUGUUUGCCAAACACCAUUAAACCUCAGAGGAAGAAGUUCAGUUUCACCGCGCUCUCUGUUGUUUUGUUGUGAUGCUGGUUUAAUACAAACGGUUAGAAAUGUUGUUUCUGUAAGUAGAGAAAUACAGUUUUUGAAUCAGGUCAGUAAAUACAUGUAAUAUUCUCAUCCUCACAAUCGUGACUAAGUGUUGAAGCAAGCAGGAAUAUCUGGAGGAGUAUCAUCUGAGAUCUGCUGCUGUGAAGAUGGUGUUUGUUAAAGAGGAGAGUGAGGAGAACAUGAUUGAACCAGAAACCUGGAGAAUAAAACACGAGGAACCAGAAACCUGGAGAAUAAAACAGGAGGAACAAGGAGGCCUGAUGAACGUCAAAGAGGAAAGACAAGAUCUGAAUGAAGUGGAGGAGAAGCAUCAGCAUCAGAAAGCUCAUGAUGCCACUGGAGAAAAAUCAGCAAGUUGCUCCAAAACUGAAAACAGUUGCUUGCAACGCAACAUUCGAAGAAAAGAAGUCAAAAGGCCUUUCAGCUGCUCUCAGUGUGGAAACGGAUUCACACGCAAAGAAACCCUUAAGAAUCACAUGUUAAUUCAUACUGGGAUAAAGUCUUUCAGCUGCUCUCAGUGUGGAAAGACGUUCAGUCACAAAGGAGGCCUUUGGAAUCACAUGUUAAUUCAUACUGGAAUAAAGCCUUUCAGCUGCUCUCAGUGUGGAAAGAGUUUCACACAGAAAAAACAACUCAAUGUGCAUAUGCUAAUUCACACUUCAGAAAAGCAAUUAACUUGUCCUCAGUGUGGAAAGACUUUUACGUGUAAAGGAAGCCUGAAGAAUCACAUGUUAAUUCAUGCUGGAAUAAAGCCUUUCGUCUGCCCCCAGUGCGGGAAGAGUUUUCGAUAUAAAGGAAGCCUUAAGGAUCAUUUGCUAACUCACACUUCAGAAAAGCCUUUCACCUGCUCUGAGUGUGGAAAAUCUUUGUCAUGGAGAGGAAGCCUGAAGAAUCACAUGUUAAUUCAUGCUGGAAUAAAGCCUUUCGUCUGCUCUCAGUGUGGAAAGGGUUUUACUCAGAAAAAAAUACUCAAUGAGCAUGUGCUUAUUCACAGCUCAGAAAAGAAUUUCACCUGCUCUGAGUGUGGAAAGACUUUGUCACGUAGAAGAAGCCUGAAGAAUCACAUGCUAAUUCAUGCUGGAGUAAAGCUUUUUACCUGCUCUCAGUGUGGAAAGAGUUUCACACAAAAAAAACAACUUAAUGAGCAUGUGCUUAUUCACACCUCAGAAAAGUCUUUAACCUGCUCUCAGUGUGGAAAGAGUUUCACACGUAAAGAAAGCCUGAAGAAUCACAUGUUAAUUCAUGCUGGAAUAAAGCCUUUCGUCUGCUCUCAGUGUGGAAAGAGGUUUACUCAGAAAAAAAUACUCAAUAAGCAUGUGCUGCUUCACACUUCAGAAAAGGAUUUCACCUGCUCUGAGUGUGGAAAGAUUUUGUCAUAUAGAGCAAGCCUGAAGAAUCACAUGUUAAUUCAUACUGGAAUAAAGCCUUUUACCUGCUCUCGGUGUGGAAAGAGUUUCACACAAAAAAACCGACUGAAUGUGCAUGUGUGCAUUCACACUUCAGAAAAGUCUUUCACCUGUACUUAGUGUGGAAAUGCUUUCACAUGUAAAGGAAAACUUGAGUCACAUGUUAAUUCAUGCUGGGGAAAAAGCUUUUUACUUGCUCUCAGUGUGGAUGGAAAGUGUUUCACCUGUAAACAAGGAUUUAAGGGUGUUUUCACAUGUAGGUCGUUCUAAAGGAACCAAACCCAGUUCACUUAAAGGGAACCAGCCGAAAGUGACCUCAGUCAAAAUGUCCAAAUUGAUUUACUUCUGGAGAAAACAUCUAUAAAUCUGUUAAUGUGAAUGAUAUUAAGGUUUGAACAUGAAAUGCAGACAGAUUUAACUGAUGUGACGCAUAACGUAUUCAUUUAUGUUGAAAUGAAAUAAAACCACUUCUCAAAGAAACAAGAACAUGAUCUUCUUUUCAAUUAACGAUAUAUAUACAUUCUUUAUAAAAACA